AUGCAAGUGAUCUUUAAGCCAGAUAUUGAUCAUAAGCUUGUUAUCUUGGUAUGCGUAGUCGCUGCAGCCCAAGCAGGCGUGAUUGCUCCCGUAACCUAUACGGCGCACCCGGCGCCGCUUGCAUAUGCCACUGCUCCAGUGGUUCAUGCGGCCCCAGCUGCGUCCUACAUCCAAUCUUACCCCGUCGCCUACGCUGCCCCUAUUGCUAAAGUUGCUGCUGUUGCACCAGUCACCAAAGUCGCUGUUGAAGAAUAUGACCCACAUCCUCAGUAUAGCUUCGCUUACGAUGUUCAAGAUAGUCUGACCGGAGACUCCAAAAGCCAGCAAGAAUCUCGCGAUGGUGACGUUGUCCAUGGCUCCUACUCUGUUGUCGACCCCGAUGGUAUCAAGCGUACUGUUGAAUAUACAGCUGAUCCUCACAAUGGUUUUAACGCCGUUGUGCACAAGGAGCCAAUUGCAGUAAAAGCCGUAGCUCCAGUCGCGAAAAUUGCCGCAGCUCCUGUUGUCCACCACGUCCACGCUCCAAUCGUCCAUGCUGCUCCCUUCGUCGUGUUCGCUUGCUUGGUGGCUGCCGCGAGCGCCGGCCUAGUUCCAGCAGCCCACGUGACAUACGGUGCGCCGGUGUACCACGCCGCGCCCGUAGCGUAUGAAGAAUACGACGCGCACUCCAAGUACAGCUUCGCCUACGACGUACAAGACUCCGUCAGUGGAGACUCCAAGAGCCAGCACGAGUCCCGUGACGGCGACCUCGUACAAGGCUCGUACUCCGUCGUGGAGCCCGACGGCACCAAGCGGAUCGUCGACUACUCUGCUGACCCCCACAAUGGGUUCAACGCAGUCGUGCGCAAGGAGGCUCUCGGUGUGAAGGUCGCCGCGCCCGUGGCCUACGCCUCCCCCGUCGUGCACGCACCUUUGGCUUACUCCGCUCCUAUUUACCACCAU